CACCCGAUUCCAAACAUGAAUAUACAAAAUGCAGUGUGCGCCGCAAAUUUACAGAGACCACAGUUCUAGUCUUGUAAGAAACCCAAAUGUCUAUGGAGCGCCACGUUCACGACAAGUUUAACAACCGAAACAUGCUCUUCUUUUAGGACACGUUAGACUUUAUUCGGACACCCUUGUUUUUUUUCUUUUCCCGUCUUUCUUUCUGCCGUUUGAGUCUAGGAAAAUUUAAGAUGGGAGAUCUUCACAUGGGAGUAGAAGCAGAUGCAAUCAACGAUAGUAGCAGCGAUAAUCAUAGUAAAAGGGUGGAUAUUUACCCACUAAGUUGUUACUAUUUUGGAUCCAAAGAAGCCAUUGUUUUCAAGGAUGAAACUCUGUUCGAUCGUAUCAAUAGGAUGAAAUCCAAUUAUGCUGCCUAUGGAUUGAGGACUUCCGUGGAAGCAGUUAUUCUGGUUGAGUUGUUCAAGCACCCUCAUCUUUUGCUGCUGCAAGUUAGGAAUUCCUUCUUUAAGCUUCCUGGUGGCCGUUUGAGGCCUGGUGAAUCAGAUAUUGAUGGACUGAACCGUAAGCUUUCCAGGAAGCUUUCUGCUAGUGAAGAUGGCAAUGAAACUGAAUGGCAGGUGGGUGAAUGUCUUGGCAUGUGGUGGCGGCAUGAUUUCGAAACCUUAAUGUAUCCAUACUUGCCAUCCAAUGCGAAAAAGCCUAAGGAGUGCACCAAAGUCUUCCUUGUGAGGUUGCCGGAGAGUCAAAAAUUUAUCGUACCCAAAAAUCUCAAAUUGCUUGCAGUUCCACUGCGCCAGGUUCAUGAAAACCACAAGACAUAUGGACCGAUAAUAUCGGGAGUGCCACAGUUGCUAUCCAAGUUCACCAUCAACAUUGUUGACAUUUAGAACAUGCUUGUUUACAAUAAUCGUUGCUUUCCAGGUUAAGUAAUAGGAACGGUGAGAAGAUGUGUGCUGCAGCUGUACGGGGUUUUAAAUCUUAGGUUUGUAAUUUUUCAUGGAAUUCCCAAAUACAUUUGUAUAUAGUAUGUUAUAUACCAUAGUUUUCUUACAAGAUGUGAUACACUAACAUUGAGCUCGACAAUAUCAAAUUUAUCUUCUUGUUUGUUGGUUUUGACGUUCA